AAAAGAAAAGAAAUUCUCAUCGUUGAGUUGAGCCUCUCCUCCCUCCCUCUCUCCCUCCAUCGCCACACAUCUCAUCCUCAUUUGAAGGCAGGCAGGCAGCCAGCCAGACCAGUAAGAAGAUCAAUUCUGACUUAUGAAUAAUAUUGAUUUGAUUAGGGGAAGUAGAAAGAUCAGAUGGCACUAAAAAGUGUCACAAAAAUGUUAUCCCAGAGGUUGUUUUCCAGGGGCACUAGAGGCAUUGUUACCAAUACUGGAGGACGAACUGAGACCAGCAAACAUAUUACGGAUGAAAAAUUGCGAAGUCUUUGUGAACGCUUUGAGCAGGCUACUGCAGAAGCAAAGGAAUUCAUCGAUGAAUGCAAUGCUGUCUUUGCCCUAAAAAGGGCAUUCCCCAUGGAUCGAGUCAUAUGGGCAUCGGUCCUUUUCGGUCUUGGUGUCAACACAGUUCAGCAGUUUCAAGAAAUCAUGAAAAGGAGAAAAGCCAUCGAAGAUAAAAAGAACCAGUUGUCAGCUCUUCAUAAUGCCAUCAAAGAUAAAGAAUCCCCUCCUCUCAAGUGUUACGAGCGCCAGCUUUAUCAGCAUAAGAUAUGAGCGCUAAGUUAUCUCUUCGUACUUUUGUACCUGGAGAAUAUUUAAUUACUCAGGCAUGAGCUUACUUUAAGUUAUGUCAGUUUAUUAUUAUUAGCUAGGUGAAGUAUUCACCGGAACCUCUGACCAUAUAAGUUUCCUGUAAUGUGGGGUUAUACAUCUCCUAACUUUAACUUCUGCAUCUAUGUACGCAUGGUGUGCUCCUUUUAAACUGUUAAUGCUCCCAUUGUCUAUAUCUAUAUCUAUUAGAAUCCUUAACUAUUCCGAC